AUGCACGAGCUGGAUGGUGAAGAUGCAAGACUUGCGGAUUACUUUGACGUUAUUGCGGGAACAAGCACGGGUGGUCUCAUAACUGCAAUGUUGGCUGCCCCCAAUGAAAACAACCGUCCUCUCUUUGUAGCCAAGGCCAUUGCCCAUUUUAUCUCCAGCAUGGCCCUAAGAUCUUCCCUCAAAAAGGGAACCGGCUCCGCAAAGGUGGAGAAGAAAAAAAACAAGAAGGGUUUCCAGAGAGAUUUCUUACCCUUCAUCAACCUUAUACUCAACAAUUACUUUGAGGAAGAUACGUUGAGUGGGAAGGACGCUUCGGUUGAUGUGUCCACCAAGGAGAACUUCGAAAAGCUGGUUGAAAUCGGAGAGAGGUUGUUGAAGAAGCCAGUUUCGAGGGUGAACUUGGAGAUGGUUUCUCCGAGCCAAUUGAAAACGGUGGCACAAAUGAAGAUGCUUUGA